AUGGAGUCGGAGCCCAUCGACCCAGAGACGCGGCUGGUGGAAGAGAACACACCUGCAGCCCUUGCCAUCUCGGACACGUUCGUUCAAGCGCAGCAGGUGAGCUUCACCGAUCUGGACCUGGACGUGAGCCAGUUCGGCGGGAAUUUGACUUGGCAGCAGCCUUCUCUGGACACGUCUCUGAUCACCCACUACAUGGUCUACUUCGGCUUGGACGCCGCUGGCCUGGACAACCGUUACUUGUUCACCUACGUCCCUCAGCCAUUCUCUGAAAUUGCCGUUCCGGCAGAAACAUCGCUCUACCACCCAAGCUACUUCGGCCCGGGCAACACCAGCAUGCUCUUCAACUACAUCCUCGUCUACGCGCGCUCGAGUCUGGCAGAGCAGACGACGCCGGCCUACGUCGGCAUCAUCGACUCGGACAUGCCGGUCAAUGAUGUUUUCUGGGUGGGUGAGGACCUGGACAUCAAUGACCUCCAGGGCACGUUGCAGUGGACGCCGCCGGAGAACAUUUCGGGGGAAGUAAUCACGCAACCGGACUUCAACUUUUUGCUUGCUUCUUCCUCCCGGUAUGCAGUGUACCUUGCGGAUGCUGGCGAUGGCGGCAACCGUUUGCUGGUCAACUGGACUGGCUACAACGACACGGAGCUGGAGGAACUUGGCGCGCUUUCCUACGUGGAGAUGGGAGAAGUGCCUUACGGCACCAACAGCUUCCAAGUGCCGGCCGGAACCGUGCGGUCCAGUUACUCGCACUUCCUGGUCUACUCGCGCUCAGUCGGAGCCUCGGGCGGGGCCGAAGGUCUUCUGCAUGCUCGCAAAAGUCUCGUCAUGACGGUGGUGAUGUUGGUGGUGGGGGUGAAUUUUGCUGUCGUUCGUUGGUCGCCUGCUUCCGAGACCCUCGCCGAAGCCUCGACGCCGGCAUUUUUGUCCUUCGCCGGCGCCGCCUUGAAUGCCUCGGUCACAGAGGUCAACUUCACGGACGAUGCAGCUGCACUGCACACAGUCCAGCUCGCAAGCCUCGGUUGCUUGGGUAAGGUAUUUGAAACCAAGGAGGGCCCCACCCAGUUUCCGACCAGCUCGACCUCGUUCUUGAAGCCAACAGAAGGGCCGGAAUCCCUUGGUCACAUGCCCUCACCCAUCACAGACGUGCACUUUGCAAUGGUACCGAUGGCCCGAAACUUGGGCAUCGCGACCCUGCUGGACCUCGUGCACGUCAAGGCCAUGCUGUCCGAGCUGCUUGAGGGCAGCAAACCUCACUUAAAGGAGGCUCUGCAGGCUGCCCUGCGCUGCUUCCCUGACGACUAUCCGUUCGACUACCGCAAGUGCUGUCGCGAUCCCGGUAACGCGUGGUUCCGCAAGAACGUGGAAAAGCAGUGCUGGGCGGUUCAGAGCGGCAUCACCUUCGAGAAGUGCUGUACCUUCAAGUUUGGACCGAAGCUGCGAGGUCUGCCCUAUGCUAGCCACGCAGACCCAUCUGCACCGACAGAGUUUGACCUGCCCGUUGGCCGCCUGAUUUUGAGGUCCGGCUUUGAGGAGGCUUUGGGGGACUUCUGGCCGCCCGGUUGGAUUUUUGCGAAGCUGACGGCGGAUUUGCCAAGGGCGGUUCAAGACUCUGAAGCCUUCGGCUGGGAGACGGGAGCACAGAUGCUCCGGCCUUUGCUUGAAUUCAGGGCCUUGCGGAUCUUUGACGUCAGCUGUGGACUGGGCUUGAGCUCCAUCACGGCAGCGAGAGCAGGUCACAAUGUCACAGCCACUGAGAUGUCACUGGAUUUGCUCCGGAUGGCAGGGCAGAACGCGAAGCGGAACGGCGCCCGAGUGCGCUUGCAGCGCUGGGAUUUCUUCAGAGCCGCGCACGGGGGUUGGCGUUCUUUUCCGUCGGAGCCCAAGGCUUACGACCUUUGUUUUGUGGAUGUCGGCUGGGCCAACGUCCGCUUCCGGGAGUUCCAGAUGGGCAGAGGAUCGGAGAUGCCGGCGUCGGCAUGGGCGGCAUGGCCCAGCGUGGAGAAGGUGCUGAAGGGCGCCUUGCUGCAUUUGCAGCAGCUCGGAGGCUGUCGGCUUCACGCCUUCGUCGCCGCCUCGCAGGUCGUCUCUGAAGAGGGUUUCUACGUGGACGGCCACUUUGGCUUCGCGAACUUCACUUUGGAACUCCUGCAAAGUCUUGCAAAGUUCGCCACGGCUCUGGAAGGUCGCACCAGGCCGAGGUGGCCAGCGGUGAGCCCACUUGGCUUCCUGGAGAAGGACUUGGACCUUGGCGACCUGGGCGGCGAGCUGGUUUGGACGAAGCCUGCGGUGCUGGGCAAAGUUAUAGGCUACAACAUCUACCUGGGCGAUACCGACACAUCUGGCUCUGUUCGUUCUUCCUUACUCACGGCGCAAGCUGCCUCCUCCACAAGCUUCGUCAUGCCGGAGAAUGUGGCCACGCUGACAUACAGGUAUGUUCACAUCAACUCUUUCUCUGCCUUGGGCGGUGAGCAAACAACGCCUGUGGCCCACGAGUUUUACGACGCCUUCGCGAACGUUACCGACUUCUUCUGGGUGGACAGGGAUCUGGAUCCAGGUGAGAUUGGCGGUCCCUCGACGUACAAUCCGCCGGACUACAUCUUUCGUACGGAGUACUACGUGCUCUACCUGGCUGCUGGGCCCAAUGGAGAGGACAGAUCUCAGAUGGGCCAGGAGGUGCCUGUGGGCAUCGAGAGAGCGGACGUGUUUGUGGACACUCCAACGGAGAACUGGACCCACCUGCUCCUCUACGUGCGCUCUCCGCUAUUCGAGCAAACAACACCGCAGCUUUGCGAGUCAAGAGCAAAUCGAGUCAUCUAUUGGACCGAGCUGCCGAACACUACGGAGGUCAUUGAUCAGUCCGGUUCGCGAAGACUGGAGGAUGAGGCCUCUGACGGAAAGUCUGACGCGCGAAGGUUGGCCGGUAGCAGCACCACCGUUACGGACACCACGCCGGCGGCCAAGCAGCCGCAACCUCCGGUCGAGCUUGUCCAGCACCUCGACUGUCAGCAGCUCCACGCCCCUGGGCGUCGCAAGCAAGAAGUAUACAGUGUCAGUGACAGAGACGAUGCAACCGCCACCAGCCUGUCUCCUGCGCAUGAGGACGUCGACAAGCACGAUCACGAGCACAUCCUCGACGUUCACGAGUACAUUGUCGACGCUCACAAGCACAUCAUCCAGUGCCACCAGCACGAGCGUAUCAAGUUCGACGUCGACCCGCACUAUCACGAGCACGUCAUCCACAUUUUCAAGUACAUCGUCGAGUGCCACCAGGACAAGCACAACAAGCGUCUCCUCGAGCACCACUUCUACUUCGGCUGCUCCGGCUGCAUCUGCAAGCCCUUUGCGCUGUCACGCACCCAUACGCACCCCUAA